AUGUCGGGAAAUUACGACUAUCCUCCUGCCUCUCGCCGUCCUUCUCGUGGAGCUCGAACCAAUGAGCGACAACAACAGCAGCAGCAGCAGCAGCAGCAGCAGCCUCCGCUAAAUCGUUUACAGCAUCUCCGGGAGCUCUUAACAUCGGAGCGUAACCGCGGUGACCUCGCCUUCGCCCGUGCUGUGGAGACCUUAAACCAAGAGAUGGACGAUUACCGCUCUUCUCGCUUCUGGGACCGUUCUAGCUUUGAGCAAGCCAGGGCAGCUCUCGACCAGCAUAUGCAACAGCUCCAGGAACGAACGAGACAAAGCCGUGCCAAUACGGGCAGCUCAGGGCCACCGGUGCGUCCGCGUCCAGGAGUACCAAGACUGCAGCCUUUGAGUGCUCCAGUGGCGAACCCAGACGAAAGCGCUUCCGAUCCCUCACGUUCUGAUAGCAGAACUCCAAGGCCCCGAGCUGGUAGGGGUAGCGACCGACCUAAUCGUCUGAGGCGGCCCAGAGAUUCCAAUACUUCCUCUCUCCUAGAUACGCCGGUCCCUCACUUAGACUCUCCCACCGCCAUGCCUCAACAGGUAGAAGAUGAACACCAGUUGGACCGUGCAAGGACGAAACGUCGAAAGCUUGACACAGAUGAUAAUAGAGAAGGAUUACAGGGCUUCCGCUACGGUCAAUAUGGCCAGGUGGUGCCUGGGGCACUCAGGAUGGAGUUGACUAGCUGCGAUGGGGGAAGAUAUGAGCCGCAUGGCGAGAGCUCAUGGCCAGAGAACAUACUUGGCAAUGACGCUUCCGUAUACUGUACGAAAUCUGAUCGCUGCAAUCUUGUUCUGAAGCACCAGGGGGAGUCUCCGUUCUGCCUGAAGAAGAUUGUAAUCAAAGCGCCAAAAUCAUGCUACAACUCCCCGGUCCGGGAAGGCAUGGUUUUCGUAUCAAUGUCAUGUGAUGAAGUCCUAGCCCGUACAGCUGCUUUCGAAGUGCAAUGGGAAUCAACUCGGCCCUUCGCGCGGCAUUUACCCGGCGGAAUGCAACCAUCCCAGGAGUAUCUAAAUGCAUAUCGACCUCCGCUGCAAAGCUUAGGUCGGGGCCCAGUUAUUGACCCCUCCUCGGAUUCAGAAUCAGAUAGUACUGAUGACCCCGGCGCUGUAGAACCUAGUGCUAGCAAUGUGCCAGACCCCACGUCUGAAUUUCGAGUCACAACCGAGUACAGUGCGCAGUCCGACGUACGUCAUGAUCGUCUUGACCAUAUGGACGACGACGACCUGAUUUCCCUUACGGAUACCGAUAGCAUGCCCCUAGGGCGGAUGGACGAGGACAACACAAUAUGCUCGGACAGUGAGAUGAGCUUAAGCGACGAUGAUUCAAAUGUCAGCACAUUUACACGACGCCAGCGAGAGCUAUCACGACGAAUUCGAGCUAUGCGUCGCCGCUAUGUCGCAGAGCGAGAGGGCCAACCAAGGCGACGACCAUACCUAGCCAUGCCAACACCAGGUCUGCGCCCUGAAGGCACACUUGGCUCAGAGUCUCCUCAACUAAUGAAACCACAUGCUCGCUUUUCCAUUGAGCGCAAUAAAAGCAUGGUCAGCAUUAAAUUCGAUCCACCUCCGUAUGUUGCUUCCCACUAUACUUCUCUCAAUAAGUAUACAUCAGUCUCUAACCAAUUGAUACAGCUCAGGACGAUAUAUCCUCGUCAAACUAUGGAGUCCUCACAGCGGCAAAAACAUAGACAUCCAAAGCAUCAUCGCCUACGGCUAUGCCGGGACCAGAUUCUUCCCUGCUUUGAGUUUCAGGUAAACCAAACCAGUGGGAUUUCUCUUUUUUUCUCUUCCCCUUCUUCCUCCCUUCUUCUGAAUCAAAUCAUACCAGAAUGUUAUCUGGGUCUGCUACUGUAG